CGAUGUCGCUGGCAUCGUUGAGUAGUUGAACAAGUAACUCGGGUAGAACGUCGCUUGUUCGAUAAUAAUAUGAAAAAUUAUAUCGAUAUUUAAAGAAUUUUAGUCGUUAAAAUGUAAAUAGACCAUUUAGAAAAAAGUGCGCGUCCAUCAACUGAAUUUUGAAGACAGUUUCGAAGAAUCGGCUUCGUUCUGGGAAUGGUAUUUAGAAAUUUACCUUUAUGAACUUACUUGGCACUGGAACGUAUAUUGUGAAUUCCAAGUAUUAUGGUGCAUCACAGGACGAUAUAAGGAAACAUUUCUUGCGACGGGGCUGAUGUCAAAACGCGCCAUGGUGUCGUACGAACGGUACAGACUUUUUUACUUCAGGAGGACUUUGAUAUUGUUUUUGGCUGUGGGCAGUGUCGUCUCGAAAGAUAAUGGCGUCCAGGUGUGCGGCAACGGUUUGACAACCCCAGGAUAUACCGUGCCGUCUGGAGAUAUCACUUUGGAGUACGGCGAAGAUUUGGAUAUCACUUGCAUUUUGCGCGAAGAUAAUGGCACGAACCCCAGUUCGAACAUGACCAUUUCUUGCGGCUCCCGCCUCCUUCCUGUGGAGGUAGUGGAUUCCAAAAGUAUCAGACUUCAUAUAGAAAAGCACCAUAAAGUAUCAUCGGAGCAUUACGUUUGUAUGUAUGGCGAUAAACUUGUCUGCCAAAAUGUGGUCUCCGUUGGAACGAAACCUCAAAAGGUCACGGAUUUCACGUGCAUCAGUUUAAACUAUCAAAAUUUAACUUGUACCUGGACAGCACCUGAGAAUUACGUCAGGACACAUUACAACUUAUCGUUCACUUUUCCACAACGUUCGUCAAGGUUUAUUCAACAUUGUCCAAAUUUAACUUACCAAGAAAAGGACGGCAAAGUUGUAUACAAGUGUUUUUGGAGCUUAGAUACUAGACCACAAUAUAGAAGCGCCCACGACUUGUUCGACUUCCAUUUGGGCAUGAAUAAUACUUUCGGUUCCGUAGUUAAUAACUUUAAGUUUCAUCACUACAAAUACGUCAUUCCGAAUGCUCCGGUGAACCUAACGGCCAAAGUAACGUCGCCUCAUUCGGUAAAACUUAGUUGGAGAUUGCCGGUUCACAUGGGAAGCUUCCCACCUGGUGUAUUCCAUCGCAUCAUGUACUUAAUCAAUGGCGAAGGUAGCGCCGAAUGGCAUUUGGCGGAUAUAAUAACGAACAAGACUAAAAACAAAAGUAUCGAAUACGAGCUUAAAGGCCUCAAAUACGCGCACACCCUGUACGACAUACGCGUAUCAAUGAAAUCUGCCGUUGCCGACGAUGACGAAUAUUUAUGGUCCGGAUUUUCUUCCGUCACCAUACUCACACAUAGCAAAUUGCCCGAUCGACCACCCAGGACCAACAUGGGAAGUUUCGAAGUGAUGAACUCCGCCAAUAGGACCGUUUACAUCUAUUGGCAGAAAAUCGGUGUGCGUGAGGAAAACGGUGAAAAUUUCUCGUACUUCGUGAACAUAUCCGAAGACGGUAGCAUAAAGCCGACGUCUUUGCACAAGAAUUACGCUCGUUUCGAUAAUCUUCGAGACAUUAACUAUACGUUCAACGUGUACUCGAAGAAUCAAGUGGGUUUUUCGCUGGAUUCGUCCAAAGUUUUCGUUCCGUCUUCUCUCUACGCGAUCAAAGAGCCGUCCAAUUUAGUCAAAGUUGAUCGUGGAAAGGGACAAUAUUAUUUGGCAUGGGAACCGAUCAAUUUCCAGCAGAUUUCCAACUAUACGCUGUUUUGGUGCACCGAUUCUCGCGACAGGCCAUAUCAGUGUGACGGCAAUUUAAAUUGGAUCACACUAGCAAGGAACUUCUCAAAUCACGUACUAAAUGUACCCGACGAUCCCAAAAAUUCAUAUCAAUUCGCUAUAUCGGCCAACUCGUUCGACGCUAGUAGCGGAAUGCUGUGGGCGGAAUGUACAAUAAUCCAGGGUAGAAGUAUCGGCAAAAUGAGGCAUGUAUAUAUUAAAAGCUCCCAACCAACGUCAAUUACUGUUGCCUGGAAUUUGGAAUGCGCUAAUAAAAUGGGCGCCGUUACUGGUUACGUUAUCCAGUACUGCCAACAUGGUUCGGAUCCAACUUCGUCUGAGUGCAAAAACAAUGAAAUGAUGCACAAAAACAUAAGCGGCAGCUCCAAAACUGAGGAAGCUACCAUAGACGGACUAAAACCAUAUACGAGUUAUAAGAUCCAAGUAAAGGUGUUGUUAAACCACAACGAAAGUCAAUAUAGCGACCCCAUAUUUAAUCACACUUCGGAAAUGGCGCCCAGCGAACCGCAGAACCUUAGAACCGAGUUCGUUACAAAUUCAUCUGUGAAGCUUUCUUGGCAAAAACCGAAAUACGAAAACGGUUAUAUUCGUAGUUAUACAUUGAAAAUUAAAAGCGAGUUCGGUGAAAGGGCGGUGGAAAUAAUCGCGGUGACUAAUAAAACGAUUUACGAAGACACAUUUACCGAUUUGUUAAGCUACACGAAAUAUAAUAUCAGCGUUCAAGCGUGUACUAAAGAUUGUUCGAAACCCGCCAAUAUAUCGGUCGUGACCAAAAUGUCCGCUCCCGUAGCGAUCGGGCCGGCGGGUUCUGACUGGCAAAACUCAUCGCUCGUUAUCCACUGGGAAAAACCGAAAAAUCCCGGCGGAAAACUCGAUUAUUACGAAGUUAAAUUGGGUUCGUCGCGCGACCUCGGAAGCGUGUACCCUCAAAACGUUACAGAACCGCGGUAUAUAAUGCAGAACUGCGACGAAACGAAAAGGUACGACAUUUUUUACAUGUCGGUGAGGGCGAUCAAUAUUAACGACGAGACAGGUGAGCCUUUGAAGGGGCCUUGGAGCGAAACAAAAGAGUAUCGCUGCGCACCGCCCAAAUCGCCAACGGGAAUUUACAUUGGAAUUUUCAUCUGCGUCAUCUUCUUCUUCGGUGGCGUCGCGUACGCAUCCAAAAAAGGUUGGGAGAAAUGGAAGGACAUGAAAGCUUUGCAACCGAAAUUUCCCGACGGGAUCGAGGCGGUGAUAAACAGCGAAUUAGAAAAAGAGAAACACUUGGAUGAUGACGAUCACAGCUUGCCGGCGGACGAGCUGCCAAUGCUGAAGAAGUUCCCGAGUCAGUCGAGAACUUUAAGCGGAGAUUCGAGCGGUUUGAGCUCGGGCAACGAGAGUGUAGCCUCAUCCCUCCAUUCCGCGGAGAAUUUUUCCACAUCAGAUUCGGGUACUGAGCAUCCUAGGUCGCCAUCUUUAAGUGGCAGCGAGCAUAACAGGGAUAUAUCUUUGAGGCAAAGGACUUCAGUUAACAAACCUUUCAAGAAAUCUGAUUACACCCAAAUGUCGGACUUGAAUGCCUCAGUUAAGCAGCCGACUCCCGGUUACAGCGUUAUUGGACUAGAUCCGAUGGCGAAACAACCGGAAACAGAAGCCGGAUAUAUAUCCUUGGAUAUUCAACAGGGCAAAAUGCCCUGCGUGCCAUUCACUCAGUCCUUAGAUAGAGCUGCGGAGACCACGACGUCCGGUUACGUCUCUUACCCCUUCCAAGGACCGACGUCGAAGGCUACCGAUUACGUAAUGGCGGGUAUUCCGAACAAGGAACCGAUGCUGAUGCCGAACUUCCUUCAACCGAGAGACGAGAGGUCUACGUACGUGAAAGCGGCGCCGGCAGAGGCUCCGAAAAAUAUUCCUUUCGUAUGGCAGCAGCCCCCUCAGGAGACGUCGGCAUUUCCGAAAACAGGUUACGUAUGCGUAGGCGAUAGUACGCCGCCCAAAAACGAGCCAAGCAUUAACCUCGGUGGGAAAGGUUACGUACCUCAUAACAAAUUCGAACCCAAACCGUUUAAGGAAGACUAAGUUUUUAUCAAAAAAAAAAAACUGGUACUCAGUUUAUACGUUUUUUUUUUAAUCAAAAUGUUUAUUUUUAUUAAGUAUUUAUGUAAGUGUGUAGUUUUUUUUCUACCAGUUCGCUUUCAGUGACCACUUUCGACAUAAUUUUCUUCAAACGAUUUCGAGAGAGACAGAGAGAGAAUUUCCGCUCUACGUUUUCUAACAGUCGCUUUCAGUGUGUCCAAAAUUGAUAUUACGUACCGAUCGCCCGCAAUUUAAUUUUACAAGAACUUGCCGUUUACGAAAGCACUGCUGACUGAAUCAAUUGCCCUGAAGUGUCGAGAAAAUUAGGUUUUUAACGAUUAUUUAGGAUUACGCGUAGUCCGUUACGGACUAAUUCGCUUCAUAUCGUAUUCAAGAAGUGUGCCCGAUUUUAUUAAUUAUACUUGCCGUAAUUGUGAAUUUGCUGCGGUAGUGAGAAAUUCAAUAAAUAUCGUAUGGUACAGUUGCGUAUCAGUCACACAAGGUACCUAUUUUUAUCUAUGUACAAAUCCCCAAAAUUUUUUAUUUUUAAAGAUAAUCGAUUGAUUUUUAUUGUUUUAAAAGGCACAAAAAGUAAAUUCUUUUAUAUGACUAAUUUUGUAUAGGUAUCAUCGUUUUUAAUAUUUAAAAUUGGACAUCAAAUUUUAAAAAAAUUUAAAAAAUUAUAUUUUUAAAAUUGGGGUUACAAAAAUAAUCGCAGUAGGAUGUAGAUCUGCGUUUUGUGGAGCACAAAUAGCAACUUGUGUUGCGCUUCAAAACAAAACAAAAAUGUCAAUCUUUAUCGGAUAAAAAUAGACACCUUGUAUAUGGUGUUGUUUUCCAUAUACGCGACCACAACCCGUCAACCCAUUCAAUUUAUUGAAUGGAAUCGCCUGAUGGUAAACCCCUAACUUUUUUCUUGCAUCGAGUGGCUAUGAGUUUUUAAUAACAUUAAUCUGGGGUUAGUAGUUUGGAGUCUGUGAUAUAAAAGGGUUAAACAAAUUUGUUGGGUUUUUCACUGUCGGAGUAUUUGUCUUAAUGUAAUUAUUUUACGUCAUUAAAUAUAAAACAGCAAUCGUCAUUAUUAUAUUUCUUUGUAAAUAUCAUUUUAAACACCUAAGCUAAGAAUUUUUUAAUUUGUAAAUAUUUAUUGUUUUAUUGUUCUAAAUUAUUUAGUUUAGUAAAGUAACGAAGCAGAAUGGUUUCAAGCAAUGGCGUGUAGACGUUAUUUCAUACAUGUCAGAAAAUUUGAAAGACGAAAGUACCGUUACCAAAUUUCCGCGAUUCAUAUUUGGACAACUGAAGCUCAUACUUUAAAAUUUGGUGAAAUGUGCCAUCGAAACAGGAAACGUGUUGCGGUCGAGCUGACAUACGAAAUAAAUAAUUUGCGGAUUUGCACCUACAUUGUUAUAGUAUAUAUUAUUGAAAAAAAAAAACUAUUCGAUAUUUGAAUAUUUCAAAUUUCAUUGAUGUGCGUUUAGAAGCGUUUAUAUCUCCGAAACACCCGAAAUUUUCGUAUAAAUCGUGCCUGUGAUAAAUUUUAUUUUAACAAGAUCUGAUGUUGGUGUUAAAUCUGCAACACAUUAUCUUAAAUUUUAUUAUAUAUAAUUUUUUAGAAAUUAUCUUCAAAUGAAUUGUGCAUUAUUUAGCUUUAAGUACAAUUUUAUUAAAUUUUAUGAAGUA